AUGGGUUCCUGUGUCUCAUCACCCUCUGGAGAGGCACAAAGCAAGAAAAUCGACCUCGCCCUCAAGGCCGAUGAGCGGAGGCGCAAACUCGAGGUCAAGCUGCUUUUACUAGGUGCUGGAGAGGCAGGAAAGACGACGGUUAUCAAGCAGAUGAAGUUGCUCCACGCGUCUGGGUUCUCGAUCCCUGAGCGGGAGGUAUUUCGCGCUUUUAUCUUUAGCAACUUGGUUGGAUCGAUGCAGUCGAUCCUCUCUGCCAUGGACGACCACGGCAUCCCACUUUCCAACCCUGACAACGAGCGAUAUUUGCCAGUAUUCGCAACAAACCCACGGGUGGCCAACGGAACGCCAUUCCCACCACAGUACCAGCCGGCUCUCAAGGCUCUCUGGAUGGACGGUGCUAUCCAAAAAGCCUACCGCUUGGGCCACACCUAUGCAUUAGCCGAUAACUCGACGGGUAUUACUGAGACGACCUUCCAUAUCGGCAGCCUCACCUACAGGAUGUUUGAUGUGGGUGGACAAAGAAGUGAACGCAAGAAGUGGAUCCAUUGCUUCGAGGGUGUCACAGCGGUGCUAUUCAUGGCGGCCAUCAGUGGAUACGACCAAUGUCUUGUCGAAGACAAGGACGCCGUUUGCAACUCGCAAUGGUUCACGGACACAUCCAUCAUCCUCUUCCUCAACAAGACCGACAUUUUCCGGGAAAAACUCCACUACUCUCGCGUAAAAGAUUAUUUCCCGGAUUAUGAGGGACCAGAUACAGGUGUGGAGGAGGCGACAGAGUUUUUCAGGAAACGGUUUAUUCGGUUGAACCGGAGUGAGCAUAAGGAGGUGUAUGUGCAUUAUUCGGAUGCGACAGAUACAGAUCAGUUGAGGAAUGUCAUGAAUUCUGUGAAUGAUAUUAUCUUGGGGAGGAAUGUGCGGUCGGCACUUGCUCUCUGA